AUGCGCCUGCUCUCCUCAUUCCUGUCGCUCGCACUGCUCUCUUCUGCCUUCGCGUCGCCUCCCACCAAGGACCCGAAGGAUCUCGAAGAUGAGACAGCUGUGACCGUGUUCAACGGCAAGGAGGUGCCGCCCAUGAACCAGUUGAGCACCGACAACAUCGACAGCAAGAUCGCCAAGGGCAACUGGCUCGUGGAAUUCUUUUCGCCCUAUUGCCACCACUGCAAGGCCUUCGCUCCGACCUGGCAGACCCUCUACGAGUUCUACUACACACAAGACCCGCUUCCCGGCUCCGAUUCGAAGGACGGCGACCACCUGAACACGUUUUCGCGCUACUACGACUUUAAUUUUGCACAGCUCAACUGCGCUGCUUACAGUGACGGUUGCGCCGCCAAGGAUAUCCGCUCGUAUCCCUCCAUUGUGUUCUUCAAGGACGGCAAGGAAGUCAAGAAGCACGUUGGUGCCGACAAGCUCAAGUUCUUCGCCGACUGGAUCGAGGAGUCUCUGGAAACCAUCAGGCCUGGUUCUCGGCCCAAGGAUGGCCUAAAGCUGCCCGAAGUUGGUGCAAAGGGCGUCGAGUCCAAUGCGAAGCCCGAUGAGCCCGCCAACAAGGACAAGAACCCUGCUGCUGGUGCCGCCGCCGCAAGCGAGCACAAUGAAAUUGCCACCAAGGCUGCGGUUGCUGCCGCUGCCAAGGAGACUGGCACCAAGACAAAGCAAAAGCCGGAACGUAACCCCCAAGGUACCUCCAUCCCGCUUACUGCGGAGAGCUUCCAGAAGCUGGUCACUAUGACCGAAGACCCGUGGUUUGUCAAGUUUUACGCGCCUUGGUGCCACCAUUGCCAAGCCAUGCAGCCAAAUUGGGCGUCCAUGGCCCGUGAGAUGAAGGGCAAGCUCAAUGUCGGCGAAGUCAACUGCGAUGCUGAGAAGAGGCUCUGCAAAGAUGCGCACGUGAAGGGCUAUCCCACCAUUCUGUUCUUCCGCGGAGGCGAGCGCGUUGAGUACGAUGGUCUACGCGGCGUUGGUGAUCUCAUCAGCUACGCGAACGGUGCUCACGAGAGCAGUGAUGGUGUUCCUGAUGUCGAUGCUGAGUCCUUUGCUGAGCUGGAGAAGAGAGAGGAGGUCAUCUUCCUCUACAAUUACGACCACGCUACAACCAGCGAGGAUUUCGCGGCAUUGGAGAGGUUGACGCUCAGCCUGAUUGGACACGCAAAGCUAGUCAAGACCAAGGACCCCAAGUUGCAUGACAGGUUCAAGAUUUCCACCUGGCCCAGGCUGUUGGUGAGCAGGGACGGGAAGCCUAGCUAUUACACCCCCAUCGCACCCAAAGACAUGCGCGAUUACAGGAAGGUUCUGGGGUGGAUGAAGACCGUCUGGCUGCCGAUCGUUCCGGAAUUGACCUCUUCCAACGCGCAAGAGGUCAUGGAUGGCAAGCUCGUUGUUCUUGGUAUCCUUAACAGAGAGAGGACGGAUGAGUUCGAGAGCGCGAAGCGUGAAAUUAAGAAUGCUGCUAUCGAAUGGAUGGACAAGCAAAUCCAGCAGUUCCAGCUCGAGAGACAGGAGCUUCGCGAUGCGAAACAGCUGCGGAUCGAGGAAGCGGAGGACCGUAACGACCAGCGCGCGCUUCGCGCCGCUAAGAGCAUCCGCAUCAACAUGGAUGAGAUUGAGCGCAAGGAAGUUGCUUUCGCUUGGGUCGACGGCAUUUUCUGGGAGCGUUGGAUCAGGACGACAUACGGUAUUGAUGUGAAGGACGGUGAGAAGGUCAUUAUCAAUGAUGAAGACAACCGCCGCUAUUGGGACCAAACUUUCACUGGAAACCCGAUCAUCCCUUCCCGCACUUCAAUUCUUGAGACGCUUUCCAAGGUUACUCGUGACCCGCCGGCUCUCACCCCAAAGUCCACCAUUGGCGCUGUUUCGAUGUUCUUCUUCACGAUCAAGCAAUUCUUGGCCGGCCACCCUUUCCUAUCCGUCGGCAUCAUCCUUGGUGUUGUCCUCGCUGCGACCUACUUCGGUCGCGGUCGCUUCAGGCGCGGGAAGACAUUUGGGACCAGCGGUGGCUUCUUCCAGCUGCCAACAGGAAACGAGAAAGAUGGUCUUUUGGGCGCAGUCAAUGGGGGCGCCGCUAAAACGGAUUGA